AUGGCAUUCAAGUACGACUUCAACUACGCCGUCAACGACCCACCAUCUGGCAACGACUUCGGACACCAGGAAGCCCGUGAUGGAGACAACACGCAGGGAUCAUACUACGUCCUUCUCCCCGACGGUCGUCUUCAGAGGGUUACCUACAAUGUGAACGGCGACUCGGGUUACGUUGCUGACGUCACUUACGAGGGAGAGGCUCAGUACCCCACACCAAAAACCUCCUAUGGUCCUCCUCAGCCAUCUUACAAGCCACCCUCCCCCUCCUAUGCUUAG